UGAGAAGCGUUCAAAAGGAUAAUUUACAAAGCAAAAACAGGACACAGACGUAGGACAAGUGUUUUCAUUUUGUUCGUGAUAUCCUUCGUAUGUGCGGUCGCCCGAAUUGUCCUCGAAAUCGCUGGCGUUUUGACUCGGUGAGCAAUCGGUUAUGAAUGGUCAUUGCGCGAAGACGCCGUGGAAAUAGCGUAGAUAUUUGGGCCAUCCUAAAUUUGCCAAACAUUUUACAUUUAUUUUUGCUUGUUAUGCCAAGCUUUUAAUCAAUUCAUUCUACGCUUGACUUAGUGCUGCCAAAAUUAAAAUUUCAUAAUACAAUUUUACAAAAUUUUACCAAAGAAAGUGUGAUAAAUUAUGUCUAAAGUGUUGGCUCAACAAAAUGCACUGCCUACCCAGCAGUCCGAAAAAUCUGAAAAUAAAAAAACCACACCCACUGUAAAAUCGCUCAAUAACAACAAAAGCGGCAUAAAUGGUAGUACCAGCAUGAGAGGAACAGUCUCCAGCUCCUUGUCUAGUUCGUCGGAGUCACCAUCUACCUCAUCAUCGCCCAUUACUGUUGAUUUCGAUGAUUUCACCAGCAGCUCCAUUCUAGAAUUUCUGGCAAGGGAACAAGAAUGUUGUACUGAAGCAGAUGCCGAAAGCAUUUUUCAGGAAGUUAGUCGUUUGGCAGACAAUUCGGAUACACGUAGCGUUGAUGAAAUUUUGCGUGAAGCUGAGCUACUAAUGCAACAGCAACCGCCUUUAGGAAGUGCUGAUAAAACAGACAAAUCAGGACGAAAUAAAAAGCCUAACGCACAUGGAGUGGACAAAAUACGAGUAGCUCACUCGAAACAGUCAUUAUCUUCAGAGCAAAAACAGAAUCCUUCACCGCUGCAACAAGCUCAACCACUAACUGUGGCAAUACAAAACAUUAAACUAAAUAGUAAAUAUACGAAGAGCAUUGAAAAUAUUUGCCCAGUUCAGAAGCAAACGGCAGUAAGUGCGCCCACUCGACUGACCAACGGCAACUGUAACUAUCAAGACAUAGUGCAGUCACAAAAAAACAGAUCGCCUGCAACGCUGUGCACAAUGUCUACACCCCCAGCUACUACCACACCUCAGACGCCGACACCAACUGCCGCCACACCAAUUGGCAAUCAACGCUUUGAUGUUUUUGUCGAUAAUUUGCCAUCGGUGUCGGUAAUUUCUGAAGAGUCGACACCGAAGGACAUGCAAAAUAUGACAGCAAAUGAAGCCGAUGUGACAACCAUGGCACUGGUAAAUGGAGACGACGAUGAUACAGAUACGAUAGAGGAAAUCACCGAAUGCAUUGAAAACAUUGAAUUAAUGCCAAAUGAUGAAGGGUCGCCAGCAGAGGUCAACAAUAUACAAUCCGUUGAGUCGAAUGCUGCAAAUGAAGUAUCGACGAACAACUUCACCAACGAAGUCGAUAACGAUGACAGUGUUGAUAUUGAUGCUGACGCUGACGCGGAUGGCGAUGGCGAUGGCGAUGGAGACGGUGAUGCCGAUACACUAAGCGCAGAUGGCACAAGUAGUUCCUUUGGCGCUAAUACCGCAGAAAGCGCCACAAAUAGCCGCACUAACAUCACUACCAGCACAACCACCGUUUACACGGGGCAUUUGUCAGUGUCAUCAUCGCCAUCAGCUAUGUCUACGUCGUUUCAUACUGCUCCGCAUAUGAAUGCGAAUCAAAAUGAACAGGCCAGCGGAAACGCGAUGACUCGUCGACCUAGUUGUGACGCACCGUUACAGCAGCAUCAACAGCAGCCGCUUUCAGCACCCCAGCCUCACAACGCCAUCUAUGCAUCUCAAUCGCAUGCCCAGCGCGUUGGAGGCAGUCCGGCGCGUCGCAGCACAUUCAACUUUAGCGCCAUGCAGUAUAACAGCCCAAGCGUGCUGGAACGUCGUAAUUCAGGCGGUUACAGCGCUGCCGCCGCCGCACAACGCUCCUCGAUGACCACGCCAGAUAGCGGCAUCAGCCAAACUCAGUCCUCACAUUCAUGCACGCCUGGCCCUUACAGUCCGCAUCGGACCAUCUCCACUCCAAUACCAGCCAAAACCUAUUGCGACAAGUCAGUGAACUCUUCACCGAAGCGCUUGGUAUCCGCGCUCACUUCGCCGAUAGAGCCUUUUGCGACGAAUGUUGGCCGCGAGCAUGCGCUCAAGCUGGAGAUCGAGCAGUUGCAGGAGAAGUUAAAGGAUACAGAGGAACGCCUGAAAUCGCUGCGCAUACAACACGAUUCGCUGUCACAGCUGCAUCGCGAUUUGCGCGAAAGUAAUACCAAACUACAGGAGGAGUCUGAAAUGCUUAAAUUAGAUGUACAACAUCUGAAUGAAUGUGCCAACAUACUGCGAACCGAAUUGAAAACGGCGCGUGCAGACCGGAAUGAGGCGCUUGAGUUGCAAAAGUCGUUGCAAAGUGAGUUGGAGACGAGCAGGCAGGAGAAGAAGCGCGCGCAAGAGCUGAAGAACAAAGAUGGCAAAACCAUACAAGAUCUGCACCGGCAAUGCCGCGAAAUGGAGCGUAUAUUGAUGCGUAAACAUCCGGACUCGGUGUCGGCACUAAUUGUCGCCUCCAAAAAUCCAGGAAAAUGUGCGAAUAAUGACCAGGAGAAUGUGAACAGUCGAAAACUGUUAGAGCAGCGUAUUGCGCAGCUGGAGUCGGACGCCAAGGAGCAAGAUUUAAAAGCACAACAAAUACUCGCUAACGUACAGGCGCGUUUCAACUCGGUGCAGUCCAAAUACGAAACUCACAUAGCGGAUUUAGAGACGCAGGUGUUAAGCCUCCAGGAAAUCAACACGAAACUAAAUGAGAAGAUAGAAUCGCAAGUGCGCACCUUGGACUACUUCGUCUCGAAGAAAGCGGAAAACUUCUACAACAAUUGCACACAAACAGACGCGAACGUCGUGCAGGUUGAAAAUGAGGCAGGCUGCAGCGGCGAUGUGACCAAACGCGCCAGCUUAAAUACCGCUUUCAACACAGGCGGCGACGGCGUUGCGAAUACGAAUGCCAAUGCCAAUAGCUGCACCAGCUCAACCUCCACACAAACAAUCGAAACGAAGAACACACGCGAUCACAGCACAAAUACAAUUGGCACCUCCAGCGCUGUUCAUUCGGCUAGUUCCAGCACCAGUAGCACCGCCAAUUCAACGCCCAACACCUCACGGCCGAAUUCGAAGCAAAGCGGCAUACGCAAACCGCUAGUCACUGCAAUGGGCACGCUGAGCUCAGCCUUGGCCUCGAAACUGCCCGUCUCACAUUCGGACUUGUCAAUUUCCGCGCAUCAUGCGCAUGUAACGGCAAAGGAGGACGCACACUUGCUGGCCACCAUACGAGGCAUGCGCGUCGAUUUGGCGAUCAAGGACAAGGCAAUGCAGCGACUAACGCGUGAAUUAGAAGAGUGUAAGAAGACGAUAAAGAAACUGCAACGUGAGAAAGACGCACUUAAAUCGGAUAAGUCGCAGUGGAACAGCUAUACUUGCCUAGGCAUGUCACGACGCAGCUACGAUUCACAGCAUUAUAGCCAAGCGCAUAGCGAACAAAUGCCAGCCACCACGGAGAGUCAAGCGUUGCGGGAAGCGCAAAAUAAGCUUAAGCUACUUGAAUCGGACUAUAAAGUGCUACAUGAUAAGCGUUUAAGCGAUUUGAAAACGCUACAAAGUGCCCAUGAACGUGAGUUGGCCUCGUGUCAUGAAACGGUGCGUGUCUUGCAGCAGCGCCUAAAUGAACGCGACGAAGCGUUUGCCACACAAAAGCGCCGCAAAUUGCCAGUCGACUACUAUGCGUUGAAAGCUAAGGUCUCUUCGUUAGAGCGACGCCAUUCAGAGCGCGAGGAACGUUUGCGGAUGCUGGUAGAUGCGCUGAGCAAAGGACGUCUAACUGGCGCCAUUGAAGAUCUGCUUGGUGACAACAAUAAUCAACGUAGUACCUAAAAGUGCGCUUGAAUGAAAAUCACGGUACAAAAGAAGAAAUCAAAAUGUAAUCAUCAAUUAGCCUGGUUGUGGCUUCGAGCUGAUCUCCCAACAAAAGCACCCUUUAUAUGUAUGUAUGAUGAUAACAUUGCUAGCAUAGCAAGUAGCUAAUAAAGUGAAAGCACAAACGCGCAGUAUUAAAUACCAGUGCCCGCCCAUAUACAGAGUUGCCCCCACACAACGCCCAUUUCCAAAGUACAACUUUUAGUUUUAGUUGUAAUAUUUUAAAAACUAAUUUAAGUCUUUGACUGGUUUUAUGCCCCGUGGCGCUUUUUUUAAAUUAAACCUGUUUUAAUAUAUUGAAAAGCGCAGCAAUAAGUUUCCAUCCAAUUGCAUAAGAAUAUAUAACGAAUAAAAAGAAAUAGAGUUAAAGCUCAAACGACAAGAAUUUUAAAUUAUAAAUUUAAUUUAAGUAGUUAAGAGUUGUGAACAGAAAUUGCAAAUUGUCCAAGAAAUUAUUUUGCAAAAUAAACAUCAAUUAAAAAAUUGUCCAUAAAGCGCUUGAAAGCAAAACCAAAUUUGACUGAAUUUAUACACAUUCCAAAAUGUGUUUAGAGUGAAGUAGGGUACGACGGAUUUUAAUUAUAUAGAUGUAUGUACAUCUGUACUAGAUAAGAUGUGUGUGUAAGUAGUUAUAAAAUGAAGAAAUGUACAAUAUUUGGAUAACGUGUAAGAAAUUCAUUAAUUAACAUCACAAUCUUUCGAUAAGGCAUUACAAACUUUGCACUAACCCUAUUUUCUUGCUAGAGAUAUGCUUAUCAUAUAAAAA